AUGGAUACGCCAGAGAGAAACCAAAUCAACACCGCUCUCUCUAAAUUCGAGGAUUCACCAGUGUUCAACUAUAUUAAUAAUUUGUCUCCUAUUAGGCCUGUUAAAUCGGCUCAUAUUACUCAAACUUUCAAUUCACUUAGCUUUUCAUCUCCUCCGUCUGUUUUUACAUCACCACAUGUCACCUCUUUCAAGGAGUCUAGAUUCCUACGCAGACAUAACCCACCGAGCCCGUUGAAGCCUAAGGAUUCAUCUGAAGAUGUAAAUAAAGUGUCUUCAAAUGAAGAGGCUCUUGCAGAUUCUACUCUUUCACAUCAUAACUCAAGCGAGUUACACGAGAGUGCUGAUAAAGGGAUUUCGGUAGGAGAUGUUUCUAUUGAGCUAUCUAGCGAACAGGCAAAAUUCUCUGAUGAGCUACCGCAGGCAUUACAAUAUAAUUGUGGUAGUCCUGGCUUUGAUCCUCCACUUUGUUGUGAUGAAGGUAACGCUCUUUUGGAAUUGCCCGGUGAAGCCGUGUCUGAUGUUGGAUAUGUUCAGGAAGGUUGUAAAAAUGAUUCGGAUGAGCCUGAAUUACAUCUUCAAGGAACAAGUCAGAUUGAUCCAAAGGGUGAAGGCUCAGACUGUGAUUGGGAUGGUUUAAUUCACAACGGUGCGGAUAUGUUAAUUGAAGCAGAAGCUUUUAAGGGUCUAAUGCAGAAACCAUUGGGAUCUUCUAUAAGACUUUGUGAUUUUGUCCCUCUUCAGCAAUCUGCCAGUAAUAAUGAUCAGAAAAUACACAUGGUUGAUUCAGUUGCUUCUGGUUCUGAACAUGAAAUUGAAAAUCAUUGUUCUGAGCUUGUUGUCUCAACAGACACUGACCGUACACAGGACAAUCUUGCUAAUGAUUCUUUCAUGACUAGCAAUCCAAAUGAGAAAAUGGACCACACACAGGACAAUCUUGCUAAUGGUUCUUUCAUGACUAGCAAUCCAAAUGAGAAAAUGGACAAUCAGCUUGUUUCUGUCACGCACCGUGGUAUCCGGAGGCGUUGUCUUGACUUUGAGAUGGUCGGUGUACGAAAGAACUCUGAUGAUAAUUCAAACACUGGCUCCAGUACAACACAGUCUGAAGUAAGGAAUUCUUCAGACAAAAAGCAACUGCUCCCUGCAAAACGUAAUGCAAAUUCACAAAAGUGCAUUUUACCAGGUAUCGGUUUACACUUGAAUGCACUUGCUCCCUUAAAGGAUGGCACAGGAAUACAGAACAGAAAUUUGACUUCUGGAAGACAACUCAGUCUCACCAACUCUACUUCCUUGCUACUCUCUGCAUGCCAAGAACAUCAGCAUCUAUCGAUUGUAUCUGUAUCAGUAUCUUCUGAAAGAGAAUUGGACCUAUCAGGCAAUGAGGUUCAGCCUGCUGAAGAUUCUUCCCUGGUACCAGCUUACAUGGCUGACGAAGAUUUCAAUCCGAAUAGCCCCAAAAAGAAAAAGCGUAAGUCAGAGCCAGUUGGUGAUACUGAGGGCUGCAAACGCUGUAAUUGCAAGAAAUCAAAGUGCCUGAAGCUUUACUGUGAGUGUUUUGCUGCUGGUGUCUACUGCAUAGAACCCUGUUCCUGUCAGGACUGCUUCAACAAACCUGUUCAUGAAGAUACUGUUCUUCAAACUCGCAAGCAAAUUGAAUCUCGCAACCCUCUUGCAUUUGCUCCUAAAGUCAUCCGAAGUGCUGAUUCCGUGCCUGAAAUUGGGAUUGACCCAAACAAAACUCCAGCUUCAGCACGCCACAAAAGAGGGUGCAACUGCAAGAAAUCAAGCUGUCUAAAGAAAUAUUGUGAAUGCUAUCAGGGCGGUGUUGGUUGCUCCAUUGGCUGCAGGUGUGAAGGGUGCAAGAACGCAUUCGGUAGAAAGGAUGGUUCUACUUCUAUAGUGACAGAAGGCGAGACAGAAGAAGAACCAGAAAUUAGUGACAAGGGUGUGGAGGAAAAAGCUAUUCAGAAAACUGAAUUUCAGAAUAUCGAAGAUCAUUUGGAUUCUUCCAUGGCUGCAACACCAUUACGGAUUUCCAGGCCAUCACUUCCGAUGCCCUUUUCAUCAAAGGGAAAGCCACCAAGAUCUUUUGUUACAACCAUCACCGGUUCUGGAUAUUUCACCAGCCAAAAGCUUGCGAAACCAAAUCCUCUUUGGUCUCAAUCCAAGUCUUUUCAGACUGUUGCAGACGAUGAAAUGCCAGAAAUUCUUCGUGGUGAUAGUUCUCCUAUCGCAUGCAUCAAAACUUCAUCUCCAAAUGGGAAGAGAAUCUCCUCUCCUAACUGUGAAAUAAGAUCAUCUCCUACUCGCAGAGGUGGCAGAAAAUUGAUAUUACAGUCUAUUCCUUCAUUUCCUUCUCUCACCCCUCGCCCUUAG